GUACAAAUACAUAGAGAGUCAGUCAACCACUCAAUCUCACACUCACAUGAGAGCUGUACGGACGGAACUGAAGAGUAACUGAACAGCCAGCUGGCUCUGUUAAAACGGUUAUUUGGUUAGUAGGAACACUGUGUGGUGAUAUUGAGUUUUUGUGUGUGUGUGUUCGUAUGGAACUGGACUGGAAGUUAUUGUUGGAUAUGAUGAUUAACUGACAUAAACAUGGAUCGGACCUUAUGGAUUUCUUUUCUGGUCACAUUGAUGCACAUCCCGGGUUAUAUUGCAGGUGAGGUGAUUGAAUUUGACAUAUGGGAGGGAAAUGUCACUGUGCUCUGGGAUCCCCCUGAAGGAGCCCCCGUACAUGCCCUUUAUCAAGUAAAGCAAGCACCGUAUUUAGGUACUCAUGCUGAAUGGGAUAUUGUGCCAGAAUGUAACAUGACUACAGAAACUAGAUGUGAACUUGGGAACUUUUUAUUCAAACCAGAAAUGAAAAUAAAGAUUGAACUGCUUGAUGGAAAUGGCAACUUUUCCUGGUCAGAAGUAAGAAGAAUUCGCUUAUAUCAGAGCAAACUGUUAGCUCCAGAGUUUGACCUGUCUUCCACCACUAAUAUGGUGAAGGUUAAAAUUCACAGAAAGCCAUAUCUAGAAGACCUUUUUAACUUUGGACCAAGUUACUCUGCCAUUCUGUAUCCGAAAGGACAGGAGAGCGAGGCUAUAACAAUAAGCGAUGAUGAUGAUGAAGAUGGUGAGGUGGUGUUUACAUCAUUACCAUUAUGGCAGGAGUAUUGUGUCCGUGUGAAAGUGGAGAUGACAUCUAAUGAUGUGAGCAACACCUCAUUACCACGCUGCAUAUAUCCAUCAGCAGAUAUGUCUCUGGUGAUCUCCAUGGCAUUUGUUGGUGUAGUUGGAGUUAUGACCUUCUUCAUGUUUGCAGUCUGUUUCUUCCUGAGGCGUCCUGGUAAAAUGCCUGCUGUUCUGAAAUCCGCUGUGAAUGGAUGGCACCCUAUGAAUGUAGGAUUGAUCCAAGUGGAAACAGUCACUGACAAGGGAUGGCUACUGACUAGCAACAAAAUGGCGGGAACGAGUAAAGCAUUUGUUGAGGACAUGGACCUUUCUGAUGAGGACAAAGAGAGAAGAGAAAGUACAGACAGCGGAGUGAGUGUGGGCCAGCAGCACUCGCUUAAGAACAGAGGCACAGGCGAACAUACGAGAGAGGAGGACAGCGGCUGUGGCAGUCUGACAGGAACAGAGGACAGUCUCAGCAGUGGAAGAAGAAGCCUGGAAGAGCUCCCUUUCCUGGACGGAGGAGUAAAUAGCAGCAACGGAGAAAGAAAAGAAGACAGUGGCUUGGGAAUAGGAAACCAGGAUGAUUCCGGCAAUCUCAAUGGUGCGGAUCAUGACCUUCUGUCUGAGAUAGUAGUUGUUGGGGAUGGAUAUCGUAGUCAGAGCCCUUCUGCUGAUGCUGAAAGUGAGGCGGCCGUCUCAUGUGAUGUAAACACUACAAUGGCCAGCCCUAGCUGUGGCUAUCGGUCUGGUCAUGUGACGUGCUUGUGUUCUGACUUUGAGACUUGCAUUUGGUGCAAAACCAGGAAACAGGAAGCAGACAGUGAGUCAUUAUCUCAUGAUCAACCAAGUAAUUUUACAACCGAAAAUGACAAUGACAGACCAAACUAUUUGAAAAAAUCUCCUCUACACACCUUGAAUGUGUCAGGACUGGGAGAUUUGUCCUUCCAGUCAGAUGAGAACUGCACUGAGUCGUCGCUUUUCAUUACCUGUCCACUACUUCUGCAAGAGCCCUGCCAAAUGGACAAUUUGUCUCUUACAUUAGGAGACUUUGAACUGACAUUCACGUGAGAAAUAAGACAUUUUCAUGAAUGUGUAAGCAAAUAUGAGCUGAACAAAGCAUAUCUGCGUCUCCUCCUGCUGUUUGCUCCAGCGGACGUGCAUUUUUUGUUUAGAGUAACAGCAGAGAGAGAGUAUGUGCUAAAUAUGGCUGUGUCACUAAUAAUGGGCCCUCUGAAGUGAGGCUGUCCCUCAGAAGUAUGACUUCCUGCAAGCUUCAGGUCAUCAUUUUGCCUAAAUGCUGGACAAAGAGGAGAUAUUCAAGUUUAAAACUGAGUGACCAAGAAUGGGAUACUACCCGAAUAUGAUGACGUUGAGCUAUUACAGUUCUUGACGUCUAAUGUUACACAUCCCAUCCAGCUGAAAUACUGUAGUUCCUUUAUAUACUUGUGUUCUUCUUUUGCAGUUUUGCACAUGAAUUGUAUGUAUUUACAUUUUAUGUACGUAUCUACUGACAUUUUUGAUAUGCCGAAUUUUGAACAACAGCCAACAUUUCAUUGUGGGGCCAAUGUAAGCACGAUAUGGGAUUGAAGUAUGGGCCCUACAUGGGUUUGCUCUUUGGUUCCAUGUCGGACUUAUCUGAAUUAGCCCCAGUAUGAGCCCCAAAUGAGUUUGUUGAUGGGUUUGAUGUCGGCCCUAUCUGAAUUAGACCCAGUAUGAGCCCCAAAUGGGUUUGUUGAUGGGUUUGAUGUCAGCCCUAUCUAAUUUAGCCCCAGUAUGGGCCCCAAAUGGGUUUGUCAAUGGGUUCCAUGUCGGUCCCAUUUGAGUCCCACCUUGAAAUGUUGGCUGGUGUGAUGGAAUGAUGGUAAAGAUGAUGAUGAUGAUGAUGAUGAUAAAAAUAAAUAUCUAGAUUUUUACAUUUUAUGAAAAUAA